CCCCAAGGCGCGAUGUGGUUUACGCGACGUAAAACCUUCCCUUCGGACACCCCCAACAUCCCCCCGGGCCCGCCGCGAGGAACCCCCGUCAGACGCAAGGUGAAGCACACCCAAUCAGCGAGGGAGUGCGACUGCUACCAGGAGGGCCACGACAGCAACCAAGAACGUAAAUACAUCCUCAGUUUCUUCGGGAAGAGUUUCGCAAACCGUCAGACUGAAAGAAAGCCCAAGAGGAAAAACUCAGUUAACGAACACAAUGCGAAGAAUAAAAAGAGAGAACCAAAAGGAAAAGGAAAGAAGGAAAAGAACCCGUUGAAAAGAGCGACGAGCAUUACAUUCAAGCGGAAUAAAAUUAUUCCACUAAAUGACGGAUCAGGAGGAUGUGUUUUGGUGUCACAAACAACGACGAUCAAGGAAAAUCCAAACUCUGAAGAAAAAGAAAACGAGAAAAACCGAGAAAACACAAAGAGGAUCGGGAGCAUUUUCAGAAGGCUGUCAACUGUAAGGAGAAAAGCGCAGAAAUACUUGUUCAAAAGAAGGAGUGAAAAAGUGAGAUCGGAAGCUAAAAAUCCUCCCGUAACGAAACCAAAAUUUGUUGAGUGUGAGAAGAUCCCGGCUCAAGAUGAUUUUGUCGAAGAGACUUUUCAAGAAGAACCAGAACAUGUCCCUAGUGAAAAUGUUGAUGUUGGGAGAAUAUCUAAGUGCAGCAGUUGCUAUUUCACCCCAAUGGGAUCUCCAGAAUCCAUCAGGAGGUACUACAGUCCAGAGUGUGUGGAAGAAAUGGAGGAUUCUGGGGAGGAUGUGGAAGACUCCCAGGAGGAGCGCUGCCCAGCGGUCACCGUGGAGAGUAUCCGAGCCACCCUGGACAACGCCGUGGCCCAGGACCGAGAACUUUUCAGGCGGAGGAUGCGCAACGGAGAGGUUCUGUACCCUAACUGUGACAAUUCCAUCUGGUUAAGAAGUUGCGAAAAGGAGAUCAUAGAACCUAUCCGUGGAGAGACCACAGGCAUGAUCCCGGUUUGGCUGAAGGGAACUCUUCUCAGGAAUGGUCCAGGAAACAUGAGGGUUGGUGACAUGACGUUCCAGCAUCUCUUCGACUCCUCUGCACUUCUACAUAGGUUUGCUAUAAAAAACGGAGAAGUGACCUAUCAGUGCCGCUUCCUCAAGUCCAACACCUACAUCAAGAACCACGCCGCCAACCGUAUCGUGGUCAACGAGUUUGGUACCAAGGCGGUACCGGAUCCGUGCCAAACUAUCUUCAAGAGGGUCUCUGCGUUGUUCGAUCCUGGCGAAGGAUUAUCAGACAACGGGAUGAUCUCAGUGUACCCUUUCGGAGACGAGUUCUACUGCUUCACAGAAUCACCUACUAUUCACAGGAUAGACCCAACCACUUUGGACACUCUGGAACGGGUAAACCUAUCCAAACACGUAGCCGUGGUCAACCACACAUCUCAUCCACACGUGAUGCCCGACGGAACUGUCUUCAAUCAAGCCAUGAGUUUACGCAAUUCCGUCCCUCACUACUCCAUCGUCAAGUUCCCCCAUCCAGGUGAGGAACCCAAAGAGAGGCGCGGCAAGGAGAUGUUCGAAGCAGCCGAGGUGGUGGCCAGUGUCAAAGCUCGAUGGCCUCUACACCCCUCCUACAUGCACACCUUCGGUCUGACUGACAACUUCUACGUCAUCGUAGAGCAGCCUCUCACCAUCUCUGUCCCCAAUAUGGUCAAGAGUCAACUACUGGGCCAACCAAUGUGCUCAAGCUUCAGGUUUUACCCUGAUAAACCGACUCUAAUCCACGUCGUGAAAAAGGACUCAGGAAAGGUCUUCAAGACCUACUACGCAGAAGCGUUCUUUUAUCUCCACAUCGUAAACCAGUUCGAAAGUGAGAACCACCUUGUGUUGGACAUUUGCUGUUACAGCGACCCCUCCAUGUUGGACUGCAUGUACUACGACGCGCUUAAGGACAUGAGUAAGAACCCAGACUACGCUCGUAUGUUUCGAGGGCGACCUUUGCGAUUCGUACUGCCUCUAGCUCCUCCAGUGGCAGACGAAAACACCAACCUAGUCAUGUUGACUGGCUCAGUAGCAACGGCCUGGUGGAAGAAUGGUAAAAUAACAGUCAAACCAGAGCUGUUAUGUAACCUAGGCUGUGAGACACCGAGGAUCAACUACAGUCGCUAUCUCGGCCGCUCCUACCGCUACUUCUAUGCUAUCUCCAGUGAUGUUGACGCUGACAAUCCUGGCACGCUCAUUAAGGUUGACACGUACUCUCGGACCACUAAAACCUGGAGUGAACCCCGAGUAUUUCCUAGUGAGCCGGUGUUCGUUCCUUCGCCAGACCCUCAGACAGAGGACGACGGUGUGGUGUUGUCUGCUCUAGUCUGGGGCCGAGGGUUGGAACGCCAAGUGGGUCUCCUGGUCCUGGACGCAGGAUCCUGGCAGGAGCUUGGCAGGACUGUGUUCCAGACUCCCUCAAGUGUGCCGAAGUGUCUCCAUGGCUGGUUCGCUCCUGAUAUCUAGCUGUCUUCUAUGUUCCUUCAAUGUGAUGAUAAAUAUGUUCCUUCAAUGUGAUGAUAAAUAAAUG